UGCUUUGUUCAAUCACGGAUACUAUUGAGCUACAGAGAGAACACUUUUUUUUAUGGAAGCCAGUUUAGCAGUACCGUUUUUUAACAAAAUAUUUGACAACAAAAUGUAUUUCAUUUAUAUUGCAGGAACAUUUUGUUUGAAUGAACACAGCGAAGAUAUUAUCACAAACCCAACGGCAGUGUACUGUACCAAAAACCCAUGCAUGAAUGGAACAUGUUUUGUUGUAUCUUUACCUGGAACCAAUGAAAACUCCGAGGUAGAAUGUGCUGGGAAAUCGUGUUUCAAAUAUGUGUUUGAGAAUUUUACCAGGGACAAAGCUUCUAUAAAGUGCAAAUCGAUGGGUGGUGAAUUGGCAAGCUUCGAAACUUCUGAUAAACUUGAAUUUCUAAAGAAGUCAACACGCAAUGGUGAACUAUGGCAUCAGAAUUUUUCGGCCGAAUUCUGGACUAGUGGUAAACGAAGUUCUAAUGAGGUAUGGAGUUGGGGCUCAAAACCCAUUAAUUCGACAUUAACGUUGAAUAUAAGACAAUCGGGAGAAGAGCCUCGUGAAGCUUGUCUCCAGGUGGCUGCUGAUCUUGAAACGAGUGAGGGUCUGAAAUGGAUUCCGGAAAACUGUGCACUAGAAUCCUACUACAUUUGUGAAAUAGACAGGAGUAUAAUACUUCAAGAAAGGACAUAUCAGUGUCGGUGCGACGGUGACCAUUAUGGCGUAAACUGUACUUAUGAAAAUACAAAUCACGAACCCAAAGUGAAUAUCACCUGCGAGAAGCGCACGAUGGAGCUAGAAUGUUUUAACGAAACGCUAAUUUCCGUCGAUAAGGUGAUGUAUGGAGUUCAGACAAUCAGCCCAAUUGCAUAUAAUUGCCGCAACAAGACUGAUGAGCACACGACGAGCAAAGCUUGUGCAGGGUCUGUGAAUGCUUCUCUGGUUGUUAGUGAACUGUGUUAUAGACGUGAUUUUUGCAAUUUUACAGUCAACGAAGAAACACUUGGCACCGUCUCCUGUUUUGAAAAGCUUCCUGAAAAUAAAGAUUAUUUCGCGAAAGUUGAAUAUUUUUGUAAAGGUAAGGUACCGUUAUGUUAA